CGGAGGCCGGAAGCCCGCCGUGACCCCGCUGACCCGGGGUGUUCUCGGCUCGUUCCGCACGUCGGGGAAACCGAAAGUGCCGACGAGACGCUAUCAUGGAUGCACUUGUAGAAGAUGACAUCUGCAUUCUGAACCAUGAAAAGAGCCAGAGGAGAGAUACCAUCACUCCUUUGUCAAUCUAUACGGGAGAUGAGUCUAUGGCGUCCCACUUUGCCCUUGUCACUGCAUAUGAGGACAUCAAAAAGAGACUUAAGGAUUCCGAGAAGGAGAAUUCUCUCUUAAAGAAAAGAAUACGAUUUCUGGAAGAAAAGCUUCUUCAAACCCGAUUAGGUGAAGAAGCAAGCACUGUAGGACGAGAACAAGUAAACAAGGCCUAUCAUGCUUAUCGGGAGGUCUGCCUAGACAGAGAUAAUUUGAAAAGCAAAUUGGAUAAAAUGAAUAAAGACAACUCUGAAUCUUUGAAAGUAUUAAAUGAACAGCUGCAGACUAAAGAAGUUGAGCUCCUCCAGCUCCGGACAGAGGUUGAGACUCAGCAAGUGAUGAGGAAUCUAAACCGACCUUCAUCAAAUUGGGAGGUAGAAAAGCUGAGCAGCGACUUGAGAAUCCAUGGUUUGGAACAGCAGCUGGAACUGAUGAGAAAGGAAUGUACUGAUUUAAGAACAGAACUCCAAAAAUUUAAAUCCAAGGAUCUGUCUCAGGAAGACAAUCUCAAUAACACAGACUUCCAAAGGCCAAGCAUUCAAAGUGAUAACAUGCAACAUGCUUACUGGGAACUCAAGAGAGAAAUGUCUAAUUUACAUCUUGUGACUCAAGUGCAAGCUGAACUACUAAGAAAACUUAAAACUUCAUCUAUAAUCAAAAAAGGCUCAAGGGAAGUAUUCCCAUCCACUGAACAUGCUGCUAGGAGCGGAAGCAGAGCUUGUGCUCCAGUCCAGUGUAUGGACGACCUGGUGAAGGACUGCACAAAUUUACAUUUGGGGUCUUUAACUGCGACCUACAAAAGACACACCCCUCUUUCCCCGAAUGGCAAAGCCUUCUGCAGUGCCAUGGCUUCUCCUCUGUCUGCCCAGUCGUGGGCAGAGAAUGAGAGAGUCAGUCCUGGUGGAGCUACAAACUUUCAAGAACAGAAUUCUUAUGGCAGAAAUUCUUUAGAAGACAAUUCAUGGGUAUUCCCAAGCCCCCCAAAGUCUAGUGAGACAGCAUUUGGGGAAAGUAAAAGUAAAACACCUUCCCCCAACCUGCCUCACCUGGAUCAGCAUAAUCCCAACUGCCUUUACAAGAACUAAGUCAGAAGAGACUGGUGGUCACCUUGGCACCGGGAGGACGGGCACAAGACACCGGCGCAGCUGGCCCCCUGGCGGCCUCGGGUUCUGGGGCCAUCUUCGACUUCCAGCACGCUUGGAUUUGCACAUUCUGUCCUGCAGUCGCGUAGUUGAGUUUGUAACUUUUCAGUCUAGACUAAAACAACCGGGCUAGCCCACUCUAUUUUAACAAGUAUAGACACAUGCACUACUUAAUAAAUUACAGGAAUUCUCUUAGUGUUUUUAAAGACAACUCUACCUUUGAUAACAAUUGCUGUAGAUUUAGGCAUCUCAGGUAAAGAAAAAUGAUAGCAACUAGUUGUUGAGCUUGAGUUCAGAAAUAUACACAGGCUUUGUAAGGUGUCUAAAUAAUAAACAUCUUCAUUCACAGGAAUAAUGGGUUGCUGGAGUUUUGAUUCAAAUCAUGUAAAUUACAAAAAACAAAUCCUGCCUAGGAGAACAAGCAGCUAGUAAAAUGUGUUUUAUUUCCCAUUGGUCUUUUUAUGAACACAGAUUGUGAAAGUAUUGGUACAGAAUAAUUGUUCUAUGGAUAGUUGAUUUCCAUAGGCCAUUUUACUUCAAAUCUUUAGACUUGGAAUUGCUUUCUAGGCAAUAGUACUAGAAUAGCCAUCAUUUCUAAAAUACUAGAAUGGUCAUCAUUACUUCUGUGUGAUUUUAAUUCUGUUUACAACUGUUUACAACCCAGACUGCUCAAUCACUGGAGCUGGCUGGCUGUGUUCAAUAGCUCCCUUGAGCUUUCAAUUUAAAAGUAAGAUUUUUUUUUUUUAAAGGUUAAAAGAAAGACAAAAUAUUUUUUUUUCUCUUGGUGAGAAAACCACAUAUUACUAAUUGGAUAAUAGAGGAGUCAAGUCAAAAAUGUUUUAUAAUUUUAUACAUCAGUAUGUUAAGAGGUAUAUGUCAAUAUUUAGAACCGGCAAAAGGAAUAAAUUGUCUCCAAGUGAUAACACUAGCUGCCUUUUCUUUAGUAAAGCAGUUUAAUUUUUAAACUGGCACUACAUUAAUCCAUGGAGAACAUUUCAAAUUUAGUGAAGAAUCAUUAAUUGCCAAUGGAAUUUCGGUGGAGUUGCCAGAGUUUUUUGCAAGUGCUAACUGCAAAGAACACUUGACGAGGAUGGAAGAAACAGCCGGCCUUCCGGGGAACUUUCUGGUAGGGAUUGUGUAUCUGUUCAUUUGAACUGGACAUCUCCUGGUGGAGAGAUCUUUUUGCUUUGGGAUCUCGAAUGCCUUUUUUCCCUUUGCAGUAUUAGGCAGUUUGGUGUUAUUUAAACUCAAAAGAAUUCCUCAACCCUCCUGCUGUAUUACUGAACAGCAUACAUAAACAAGACCAGAUAUUGUUUGUAUCUUUCUAUUAUCUUACUCACGUAUACUGGCUUGUCUGUGAUUAAUGGAAAUGGUGUCAGAUGCUGGAAUUUAUUCUGACCAAUGAACACAGCUGACUCAAGGGAGUACAAUCUCUUGCAAAGUAAUAGAACAAACCCAAUAUGCAUAAAACAAAUACAAGUCACUAGGCUUUAGCUGAUAGAACCAACUACCUGUGUAAUAACAAAGUGGCAGAAACUAUUUCUCAUGUGGCUGCAUAGACUGUACGUUAUGUCUGAUCUCUAAUGUAGCUUUCCUGAUGUUGCUUUUUCUUAACCAAAAUUGAGUUUCCUUUUUAAAAGUAGUAAAUUGGGAGAGACGCUGGCUUGGAUAACAUUCUGAACUAUACAAAGAUGAAAUCAUAUUGUUUGAUUUAAAUAAAUUAUUUUUAUUUGAA